UCCCCCUUCCGAUGGAUAAGGUGUAGUGAUACUACAACACCCUCUCUGUUUGGGGUUUUACCCAGACUUCUCCACGCGCCUGAGGAGCCGACGACGGCGAGCGAUUGGGCCAAGCCGGACCUGUCAGAAGCGUCUGCGGCUAGCAGCAGCAGCACCAGCCGCCGGCUUAUCCUUGCUUUCCUGGGGAGAGCCGGGGCCUCCGCCUGGAGCGGUUCCCCAGACGCCGCCUGAGGCGUUCCCGCGGAGGGCAGCUCGGAGGUGUCGCCUCGUCGCUCUGUGGCCUGGCGGGGAGAGAGGCCCUUCGGGACCCUGUCGUGUCACCGCCGGGAAGCGUGGGCGAGCGAGGAAAGGGAUGGGGCGAGGACGGGCCUGGUCCUCGCUGUGCUGAUGAUUACACUUUAUCUUCUAAAUGAGUAAUUUAUCCUGCCUGGAGACAGUGAGCAAUAAUGAGUGGAUCAGCUUUGGGCAUUGAGAUAGUAUUUGUCUUCUUUUUGGCAUUAAUCAUACUUCAUCGAUAUGGAGACUUCAGAAAACAGCAUAAGCUUGUGAUCGUAGCAACACUACUAGCUUGGUAUCUUUGCUUUCUCAUAGUCUUUAUAUUGCCUUUGGAUGUCACAUCGACUAUAUACAAUCGAUGCAAAGCUGCUGUAAAUUCUAGUCCCUCUGAAAGUCACGCAAACAAUGGAUCGCACACCACUGCUGUUUUGGCUUCAGGAAAAAAUGAGUGUUUCAAACCAUGGAGUUAUAUUCCUCAUGGAAUUAUGCCCAUCUUCUGGCGUGUAGUAUAUUGGACAUCACAGUUUUUAACAUGGAUUCUGUUACCCUUUAUGCAAUCGUAUGCUAGGUCAGGAGGUUUUUCCAUUACUGGAAAGAUUAAAACAGCAUUAAUUGAAAAUGCAAUUUAUUAUGGGACAUACCUUCUGAUUUUUGGAGCAAUUUUAAUAUAUGUGGCUGUAAAUCUAAGCAUCAACUUGCAAUGGAAUGAACUUCAAACAAUUGGAAUAGCUGCUGCCAAUACCUGGGGCCUCUUCCUCCUUGUGUUGCUGUUAGGGUAUGGCUUGGUUGAAAUUCCACGCUCUCACUGGACUGGCGCAAAGAAGGGUCACCUUCUCAUGAAGACUUACUUUAAGGCUGCUAAACUGUCGACAGAGAAGGCAGAUGCUGAAGAAAACUUGGAGGAUAUUAUGGAGGAGGUCCGCAAAGUAAAUGAGAGCAUCAAAUACAACCACCCCCUGAGAAAGUGUGUGGAUACAAUAUUAAAAAAGUGUCCUCCUGAGUAUCAGGAAAGAAUGGGUAGAAACAUGGAUGACUAUGAAGAUUUUGAAGAAAGGCCCAAUACUUAUCCAACAGAGAAAUCCCUGGUCAAGCUUCACAAGCAGGUAAUUUAUUCUGUUCAAAGGCAUCGUCGUACCCAGGUCCAGUGGCGAAUUCUUUUAGAACAAGCCUUUUACCUGGAAGAUGUGGCAAAAAAUGAAACCAGUGCCACUCGUCAGUUUGUCCAUACUUUUCAACCUCAAGAACCAGAAAACAAAAUUACACAGUAUUUCUAUACACCAACUGUGGAAUGGUACUGGGAGUGUCUCCUACGGCCAUGGUUUCAUAGGAUUCUUGCCAUUUUUCUAGCCACAUUUUCUAUCAUUGUAGUGUGGUCAGAGUGUACAUUUUUCAGCACAAAGCCAGUUUUGUCCUUGUUUGCUGUCUUUAUUCAACUGGCAGAAAAGACUUAUAACUAUUUCUACAUAGAGAUGGCUUGCUUCCUUACCAUCUUUUUCCUAAGUAUCUGCGUUUACUCUACUGUCUUCAGGAUCCGAGUUUUUAACUAUUACUAUUUAGCUUCACACCAUCAGACAGAUGCAUACAGUCUGCUUUUUAGUGGCAUGCUCUUUUGCCGGUUGACUCCUCCGCUGUGUCUGAAUUUCUUGGGCUUGACUCAUAUGGAUGUAGCAAUCUCUCAUCAAGAUCAAAAUCAACAAACUGCAUAUACAUCCAUUAUGGGAUCCAUGAAAGUGUUGUCCUUCAUUGCAGAUGGGUUCUAUAUAUAUUACCCCAUGCUGAUUGUCCUCCUUUGUAUUGCUACUUACUUCAGUUUAGGAACUCGGUGUUUGAAUCUUCUGGGGUUCCAGCAAUUUAUGGGAGACAAUGAGAUGACUUCAGAUUUAAUAGAUGAAGGGAAAGAAUUAAUCAGAAGAGAAAAAAGAAAACGGCAAAGACAGGAAGAAGGUGAAAAUAGAAGAAGGGAAUGGAAAGAACGAUAUGGAAACCACCGUGAAGAUUCUGCUAGAAACAGAAAUGUUCAAGCAGAGCAAAAGGAAUCGAGCUUUACAGAGACUAAUACAAAUAGAUCUGUAGCAUCUAAAUAUACCAGGUCGAAUGGGAGGAAUGAAAGAGACAGAGUAGAGCUUCUCCAAGAUGCAGAACCUCUGGACUUCAAUGCUGACUCGAUUAAUGAAGAUCCUCUUGACUCUGACUCAGGAAGGUAUCAACCCGGUGGAAGAUACUUAUCAAUGUCACGAAGCAGAAUAUUUGAUGAUGUCUAAACCUUCAGAAGGUCUCGUGUCUGCUGCUUUGGGGAAUGCUCUCUCAGAAACGCAUCCUACAACCAAAACAACCUCAUUUUACCAAAAGAAAAAAGAAAAAAAGUGGGAAAUAAGGAACUUUAUUUCUUAGAAAUGCACUUUGUAUAAUUAGUUGCCCAAUUUAUGAUGGGCCAGAGCAUUGGUUUCUGAAACUGGGACCACCUCAGCAGUGCCUUUCCCUCUCCCCAGAAGGGAGCUGGGCAAGAAGGGAUUGGGGGUGGGGAGGGGAUGCUAUGAGAAGAGCUUGGGAGGGGGCAAAGAGCCUGGGUCUUGCCUUUGGGGUGGGUCUUACCGUGGGUGUCAUCUGUCCUGAAUUAGAAAUCUCUCUUGAAAAGAUUUAGAAGGCUCUUAGAACUCACAUGUUGGCAGUGAUUACUAGAUAAAGGUGUGUGAUUUUUGUAUUUUGCAGUUGAAUCAGAGACCUAAAUCUGUUAAAAAUUUAAUGUAGAUUCCAUUUUAAAUGUAGGGCUCAAGCUGAACUGGAAUUUGUACACUUUGGAAAUGAUUUGGGUUUUCUUUUCUUUUUUGGAGGAUUUUAAAGAUAUUCAAGUAUCUAAUGCAGUCAGGUUAUCCUAAGUACUGUUCAUUGGCUUAUUGUAGCUUGAUGCAACUGUAUGUGCAACAUUUUAUUUAAAUCUUGGACGUGAUUGGAAAAACUAGUCAGGUCAUAGACUGCCGAUAACUGGUCUCCAACUCAAGUUCCUGGAAGAGUUGGAGGGAUUUAAGAACAAACCUUUACAAAAUAACUGUGUCAUCUAUGGUGCCUGCACAUCCAUCACCAGAACCGAGAAUGAUUUCUGUCAGCAUUAUAGGCAUAUGGACAGUGUUAACAUGCAUGAUAGCAAAGACCCAAUAUAAUCUUAACUGUUCACUGGCGCUGAUUUAUAUUUCUGUAUACUAGCACAUGCUCUAUGAUGAGAGAAAAUACACCACAGAUAUUUCUUUUAAGACUAGAUAUAAUAGCUGCUGCAGCAAAAUUAUUUCAGCUAAACCACACUAGGUGGCGCUCUGUGUGCAAAGUUUUAAUCUUCGCAUCUUACAAGUUCAUUACUUGAAAGAUAUUCACACACCACUUGCAAUGUGUGAAACUGCCCUCUCUUUUUUAGGGGGGGGGGGAUUAUGUUCCUUAUUGGUAAAUGACAGAGGAGAUAUAAUCAUUGCCUUACACAAGGUAUCUGUGUCUUUAUAUUUGCACUUCUGACACUAUGCUUGCUCUUUCAAAGAGAUGCUGUUCCAAGAAAUGUCAGUCAGCAAACUUAAUUGUAUGUAAGUGGCUUCAUCAGUGCUAGUUGGAAAUGUAUACACUGUAGAUCAGGCCAGAUGAAAUCAAAAUCAAAUGUGGUGUGAUUUUUGAGGAAAGCGUGCAUUAUCACUGAAGUUAGCAUUGUUUGCUUAUCUUUUCUCAAACCAAGGCUAGCCAUUAGUCACAAUCAUUCAGUGCAGUGCUGUGAGGGGCUUUAAUAUAUACGUUGUCCUAACUGUGUGUUUCAUAUAUGAGGAGAGCCUGUUUCUUAUUACAAGACUUGUGGGUGUCUUAAGAAAACAAAUUAUACUAAUGCAUUGUAUACUCAAUAGUAAGGUUGCAAUCCUGCGCACAGGCUGUUUAGUGUUGAUUUCAAUAGGAUUUGAGCAGCCUCACUGCAUGUAGGAUUAGAGCUUUAGGGUUCAACUAGGUGUUGUGUCCGAUAUGGAGCUGCCACUGCUUGUCUCUGUUCCCUCCCCCUACCCCUUUAUCUCCCCUUAUAUUGUCUAGGUAAACCAUGGGUGGUGUGACAUCAUCAUUCUGGGCAUGGCUCCACCCUGCCUCGCAUCAUUGACUGAUGAUUGUCAGGAUUGAGCAAUGCACCACACAGUGAUGUCGUCAUGCAUUGUGUUCACCUAGAUAUUGCAAGGAAGAGGAGGAAGCAAAGAGACAUGGAGUUGUGGGAGCUCAGGGUCUCUUGUAAUAUCUGGUUAAGCCCUUGGCCUUCGUCUUGGGGAAAAAAAUCAGUGUUGAUGUGAUUUUCAGUAGCUUCAGUGAAGUGGCAUUUAAGUAAUGCAUAUGUUGAAAGUUAGUGGCAACUGGAAGCAUGUUAUGUCACUGUUUUUAUAAUGGUUUGUGAGAUUGCUUUCAUGGAUGUUGGAAUUCAAAUCCUAUACCAUAUAACUUAUACAGGUUGUUAAAUAAAUGUAAUGGGCUACUGCUGAAUCUCAGUGCAUGCACUUCUUGGAAAAUCAAUUGGAACCUUCUAUAUAUCCUAAGCGAUAUAACCCCUUAAAGAUAGCACAGAAUUUUGCUUCUGUCAAGCUGUUAAUACCUGUUGAAAGUAUUGAUAUUUUUCUAAUCAAACGUAGAGCGAACUAGGAAGCCUGUGGACUAGCACACAUUUUUGUAAUAUUAUAUCCCUGCUCCAGAAAAUCAUCUGCUAUCACAGGGAGAUCUAGACUUGCCAUUUCUAUUCCUUAAAGGUAAGAAAAUUUACUGGAGAAACAUCUCAAAGAGCUAUUGGUUCUCCUAUGGGCUUCUAAAACCCUAUAGGAAAAUCUUAUUACUGUUUUUAAUAGCUUUUGUCCGAUAUAAAAAACCAGCCCGUGGUGAGACUUCUGAAAACUCACCAAGAGUUUGGUUCAGCUGUUGUUAGCUUGAAUUCUGGAUUGCAGGCAAGCAGCUUGCCCCUCCCUUUAUGGAAGAUUUAAGCAGAGACACCCAAGUACAGGAUCCUAUGGGGUGACCUUCAGUGCAGGAGGUGGUACACUGACAUUACCACAACACAAGGCACUGCACCUCAUUGAAGCUGCCUUUGAGGAAAAAGUGUUUGUGUUCAUCUCCUAAAGUGGCACCAUAUCUAAGGAAUUGGGUAAUUUUCAAGUGAGGCAGGCUGCUUGCCUGUGAAUGUGUAUAGAAUUGCAGACUUAAAACUGUACAAUGCUAAUGCUAAUAGGAUUUCUGUUUCUUACUCCUUGUAGUCUGUUAUGGCUCUUCAAGCCAAAACCAAAGUACUGAGACAACAUUUUUGCUUUUGCAUAGAACUCCCUACACAGUGGUCAGUGCAGUGCACUGCAAAAGCAGAAUGUUGCUUUUCAAGUCCUUGUCAGUUUUAAAAACGUUAGUGGUACUUCAAUGCCGCUCUGCUGAGAUUCUAUAGUGGUGUACAUAUUUGUUAUGCUGACCAAUUUUGUUGAAUUUGCUAGAAUUAUCUGGUAUCUAACUUAUGUUUUGUUUUUAAGGAUUUUAGAUUUCCCCUUUCAACACAAAUCUGUGAACACUGUACAGUUUUCUCAACAGCUGUACAAUUUCCUCAACAGCUACAAUCAUGCAAAAUCUUGUCUUUCGUCAUUGAUUACUUUCCUUAUGAAUGCUUCAUGUUGCUUUCAUAUUGGGAACAAAACAAUUGUUUUGUAAACAGCAUUGGAGUCCGGCAAAAUGAACAGUGAGAUGUAUAUUUGCUGCCAGUAUAUAAUUUAUUUCUAUCUUAACAAGGGAUGUAUGCAUUAAUGAUGAAUAAAAUAUGUAUAUUAUUGGAAUUACAAUGAACUUUUACACCAUG